UACGUGUAGAAGCUCUCCUGGAGGAAGCAGCCAGCUUCAAACUAAUUAACACUAAUUAGCAGAAGUCACGUGGCCCCCUGCCCCGCGUCAAAGAAAGGACGUUAUGUUUCCAGACCAAAACUGUAUGAGCCAAAAUAUCUAAAUUCUAAGAAAAUGAAUCAUCAUUGCGCAAAACUUGGUUUGAUUACUUUAGUUGUUGUCGCCAUGGUUCAGCCCUGUUGGUGUUUGUCAGCCGGCCAGAAGAAGAAGAGAGCUGAGCAGCUCGCCCUGCCCACAGUCAGCUGCUCUGCUCGGAGAAUUAAAGCUGUUUUUGGGCCGCUGGUCAAAAGUAAUAUACAUGUUAAAGACAUGGCUGGGGCCACCAUCCCAGUGCUUAAAUCUAAGGAGUCCUGUGGAGUGAGACUGGUCCGAGAGAAAAACCAGAGUCUGUCCCUCUUUAGCAAAUAUGACAGUUGCUAUGGACAGAUUGAGGGCAGCAAAGUGGUCAUCCCUCUGCAGAUCCAGCUGGCAGGAGAGGAUCGAUGGUUCAGCGUAAAUAUCAGCUGUCCUCUGAUAAAGAGACACAGUGAGAGGACUCGACUCGUCCCGACACCAUUACCUGGAAACUGUGACACAGAAAAAGCUCUGCGAGUGGACUGUGGCCACCAAAGUAUUUCUAGUGAUGCAUGCAACGAACUGGGAUGCUGCUACGAUGAUCACGAUUUAUCCUGCUACUACAGACUCAAUGCCUGCUCUGUGGACGGACACUUUGUGUUCUCAGUGAAGACCACAGACACAGACCGGCCCAUCGAUCCCAGCAGCCUCAUAGUUAAGGAUCAGCCGCAUUGUUCCCCUGUGGUCACCACCUCAGACACGGCUGUCUUCAAGAUUGGAGUCAUGGACUGUGGUGCAAAGAUGAAGGUGGAUGGAGACGUUAAGAUCUACGAGGUGGAAGUGGAGGAGCUUUAUACUAAAAGUAAAACCAAACAUUCUUCAUUUAGUCUCAAGGUCCAGUGUGAAUACGAGGCAUCAGAUUUAAUGCGUGCAGCAAACUUGCGGUCCCUGUACGCAGUGACCGACCCACCACCUGUAAUGGCACUGGGGACCAUCAGAGUGCAGAUGAGAAUAGCUAAAGAUGCUUCCUUCUCAUCGUUCUUUCCUGAGGACCAGCUUCCACUGAGCCUGCCGCUGCGUAAAGCUGCGUAUGUAGAGAUCUCCAUGGCCCAGCCGUCCCCGGACCCCACACUGUCCCUGCGUGUACGCGACUGCUUCGCCUACCCUGCGUCUAGACACUCUGUGUGGACUCUUCUGUAUGACGGAUGUCCCAACCCGAUGGACAACAUGAGGAGCUCUGUCCCUGUGAACAGCGAGGGGAAGACCACCUCCCACUCCCAAGUCAGGAGGUUUGAUGUCAAGACCUUUGCCUUCUUUGACCCUCAUACAGGCCAGCCAAGUGUGGAAGAAAUGUACUUCUACUGUUGGGUGGAGAUCUGUACGGAUGAUGCUGACUGUGCACAGCGCUGCGCCAUCAUAUCAUCUGAGGGUGAGAGACAGAGAAGACAGGCAAUGUCAGAGUCUGACCAGGUCCAGCUGGUCUCUUUAGGUCCGCUGCUGCUGGGACAGAACAGCACUGAGCUAGAGGACAGUCCAUGUGUGGAACAGAAGACAAUGUUUCAGGUGACCGUGUAUGUUCUGUCUGGUGUUGGAGCUGCCCUGCUGUUUGUCCUCGUGUUUGCUGUGUGGAAGAGCACCAGAAACCAGCAGAAACCAGAAGUGAAGCUAAAUUGCGAGGCUGACAGUGAAUAAUCUCAUUAAAACAUUUCAUCCUCUGUGAUAUG